AUGACCCUGACACCAUAUAAGGGGAUCAGGGACCCUAAAGUCCAUGUCACCAAGUUCGAGUCCAUGAUGUUCUUCAACAGUGAUUGUGACCCCAUUUUAUGCCGAUUUUUUCCUACUUUUUUAGACGGAGCAGCUUUAUUAUGGUUUUUUAAGUUGCCUGCAGGGUCCAUAACCAGCUUUGACGAAUUCGCCAAGAUGUUCAUCAAUCAUUUUGCAGCAUCAAAAAUCUAUGUGAGAGACCCGGAUUAUCUCAGCACGAUCAGGCAAGGACAGCAUGAAAGCCUAAAGGAUUACAUGACGCGCUUCACCACGGCAGCCAUGGAAAUCCCCGACUUGAACCCUGAAGUGCAAUUGCAUGCCAUCAAAAGCGGCCUCCGACCAGGGAAGUUCCAGGAAGCCAUAGCUGUAGCCAAACCAAAGACAUUAGAGGAAUUCCGAGACAAGGCCACGGGACAAAUUGAAAUAGAGAAACUGCGUGAAACACGAAGGAAUGAAAAACCACCACCACGAAAAGACGAUGACAAGCCGAGCAGGUCUAAUAUUAAAGAUCAUAGAAAAACUCUUAAACUAAAUCCAAAAUUUGAUUCUUAUACUAGGUUUAACACAAGAAGAGAGGACAUAAUAAAGGACAUAUUACACAAUAGGCUCAUAAAGCCACCAGUUAAAGCAGGAACAUACUAA